UAUCGCAUCCCGCUGCCCUGCAGCCUGUCAACAUUGACUGCGAAGCGACUGGGACACCUCCAGGGCUGACCGCCGGCGUGCUGGCCCAUCAAGCACACACCGACAGGGGCCCCGGUUCACUUUGGUGACCUACUUCCACCCCCUGAGACUUUCCCACCCUCCUGUAGAAGUCGACUGGUGGACCGCGGCUGACAAUGUGUGUCCAUGCUUUGCAGAAGAGGAGGAUAACAAAGUAAAAAAAAAAAAAAUUAAAUAGGGCCUCCGCAGGGUCCCCGGCCCUCAGAUUGGCUGGUUAGCCGGAAGUGGGCGGUGCCUACUGGUCCUGGUCACCCCACCGGCAGCGCCGUGACGUCAGCGCCAGCUGGGAUGAAGCUCGCCUCCGCGGGAGCGCAGGGCUCGUUCUUCUUCUUCUUCCUCCUCUUUUUCUUCUGUUUCUUUUUCGUCUGCUUGUUCGUCCUCGCCUGAUUGGAGCCCCACCAGGCAGCGGCACAUUCCCAACGCGUUCCCGUGGCGGGCUGCGUCGCUCGGUGAAAAGCAGGCGACAUGAUGGAGGAGAUGGACAGAUUCCAAGUGCCCAAUGCCGUGCAGGAGGCGGACAUGCAGGCCGAGAUGCAGCCGCUGGACCCAGCUUCCUCCACGGCCUCGGAAGCCGACUCGGACACUCGAGAGGGGGAACCCGUCACGAUCAACUACAAGCCGUCCCCCCUGCAGAUGAAAAUAGAGAAACAGAGAGAGCUGGCCAGGAAGGGCUCAUUGAAGAAUGGCACCGGUGUGGUCAGUCCAGUCAACAAUCAGCCCAAGAAGAACAACGUGAUGGCCAGAACAAGGAGGAAGUGUUUCAUUGAUCGAGCGUUUCCAAGACGCUGCCUGCUCCAUCUGCCUUCUCCAAUCGUUCGGUUGGUAGUGCCCAAUAAAGGCUAUUCCUCAUUAGACCAGAGUCCCGAUGAGAAGCCCUUGGUUGCGAUAGACACCGACAGUGACGAUGACUUCGACAUGUCAAGAUACUCGUCGUCGGGAUACUCCUCUGCUGAGCAAAUCAACCAAGAUCUCAACAUCCAGCUGCUGAAGGACGGUUACCGCUUGGAUGAGAUCCCGGAUGACGAGGACCUGGAUCUGAUCCCGCCCAAGUCAGUCAACCCGACCUGCAUUUGCUGCCAGGCGACCCCUUCCGCCACCUGUCAAAUCCAGUAACCCCGCCGCCUUCGUCACAGCGUAACCCCACCCCGCGUCCAUCUCCUGAGUCUACGUCGCUGUCGAGUGUCGUCGGUGAGGUGCCGGGUAGAAAAUAUAGUACCGAGUGAAAUGUGCUAAAAUAGGAAUGACCAUUCCAUUAAUUUAUUAAAGGUUUUGCUUAAAACUGUGAGAAGGAAAAAGGUGGAAAUAGUCAAUAUUAUCUAGUCACAAAAAGUUCAGGAUUUUGGGUGAAAUUUCAUGAAUAUCUCCAAUUGAUCAACAGUAACUGACCAAUGCGAGACUUCUUCGAGGGAAGUGGCAACUAAAAUCAAAACUGUCGUCGGCAGGUUACGCUGAAAAUAAAAGAAGACUGGAAGAGUCACAGAAAGGUGUUGAUUUUUUUUUUCCAACACCUGCUGUGAAUUUUGCCAUUCCGAGCAAAUUGACCCUCACACCAACAACCACCUUGCUGCAACGGCAAAAAAAAAUCACACUUGAAAAAGUGUACGCACAAACUGCGGCGGCGUACAACGUUUUGAAGAGCCACGUACAGUUUACUACGUCAAUAUAUAUAUUUUUUUUAAUGGAACCACACACCCCACGGGUUGAUGGUCAAGGAGGAAGCGGAGACACUUGACCAAUGUAGCAAUAUUAUCAUAGUACAAAGAGAUGAAACGGGCAAGAAAUAAAGGAGAGGAGGCGUGGCUAUUUGAGCGUGAGAGGGCUCUGAGCAGCUACUGGCUGCAUGCUUCACAUUUCAGCCACAAGUGCAUAUGAAUAUAUUAAGAACAUAGUUAAAGGAUUAUUGUAAAACAUAAUAUAUACUGUAUUGGUUACAGCUUGGCCGUGGGCCAGCCGAAUCAUGCGUCAUACUCUAAAAUGUUCUGUUUUGUUCUAGAAGCUCUUGUGGAAUUUGACAACAGAGACUCUCCACACUUUGCUUUUUAGUCCAAGGGAUGUAAGCAAUUAUCAAUAUCGUAUAGUCAGUCACUGAAUAGUUGGACAUGUGCUUUCAAAAGUCUAAAGGUCAAUAAGAUGUGCUCGGUUGUUGAGGAUUGUCCUGAAAUUUCACCCAAGAAAUGAAACUUCCGUACCUUUUUGUAACAUGUAUGCUAUAUGAAAGCAGGUGUUUGCCUCCUAUGGUAGGACAUGCACUUCGCCUCGAAAUUAUGUAAAACGAUGAUGAUGAUGUUGCUGACUCAGCUACUCUGCUUACCUAAAAAAAAAGCAUUUACAAUUCUAAUAAUAAUUCAAUAAUUAUUAUUGUAGUUUAUAUUUUAUGGGCCACAUUGUCAUGAGUUGAACACGUUUGUCAUGUGCAAUGCAAAAGGCAGCAGUACGUAAUGAGUACUCCAAGUACUGUAAACACUGUACUUCUUGUACAAGGUUGCGAUGUAGCACAGGCCAGGCCGCACACAUCCCCCUCCAACCCUUCCCAUUCGUUCACCUUCUGUCUGGUCUGUCGCCUCGUGAUUGGCUGCUGGGUUGAAUGUAAGGAACGUGACUGAAGAGCAAAAUGCAUGAGGAUCCCUGACAAGGGAAGUUCAAAAGGAACACUUGCACAUUUCCUUCCCCCCCCUUGACAAUGUUGUAUUAUUAUUUCUAUUUGCACAUUUGCUUUGACCUUUACGGGCCUUUUUCUUGCACAGCACAGGUACCGUUUCCCCGUAGUUUUGGGAAAAAGUGUUUUAAGAAGGGAGAUUCCUGUACAGUAUACACUUGCAGGGCAUAACGCCAAAGGAUGAAGUUUUUCGUGUCAUUUCCACCCUUAAAACUUGGUACAUUUUAUAGUACCCAGCAUCAGACACACACGCAUGCAUGUAAUGUACAUAACUGCCAUGCCAAUGUAAAUAGUUGCUGGGUAACUGUGGAGCUUCAGUUAUUGACACAGCUCCCUUAAAUUGACUGAUUAUUUGCAGUUAGAGUUGCCUUAAGUACAAACAAGUUAACGCGAUGUUUUUAAUUUUUGCCACCUUGCCAUGAGUUACCUUAUUUUCAUUCACAUGCUGUAACUUGAUGGGUUUUUCUUUUUAACCUGAAAAGAUGAGUGUUCCAGUAAUUGUUUUUUCAUUACCGGUAAUGAUUUUUGUAUCAUAAACACGUGCAUUAUGGUAUUUAACAUUGUUAUUGUUACAUGUGGUGUAUGAAAAACACCAAAUAAACCCCUAAUGGAACAUUA